UUGUCCCCUACAGCGUGCGGUGUCAGCUUCCCCGCGGAAGUCCCGGCUGCGAGGGAAGAAGAUGGCAACCACUGAGGCGCUCCCUGGGGCUGCGGCCGGCCGAGCCAACAAACGUGGCGGCGGCGCGGGCGGCGGAGGAACCCAAGGUGCGGAGGAGGAGCCGCCGCCGCCCCUGCAGGCCGUUCUAGUGGCGGAUAGCUUCAACCGCCGCUUCUUCCCGAUCUCCAAGGACCAGCCUCGGGUCCUCUUGCCUCUGGCCAAUGUGGCGCUAAUUGACUACACUCUGGAAUUCCUGACUGCCACGGGUGUGCAGGAAACAUUUGUCUUUUGCUGCUGGAAAGCUGCUCAGAUCAAAGAACACUUGCUGAAAUCCAAAUGGUGCCAUCCUACAUCCCUCAACGUUGUUCGAAUAAUUACAUCAGAGCUAUACCGAUCACUAGGAGAUGUCCUCCGUGACGUGGAUGCCAAGGCCUUGGUGCGCUCUGACUUCCUUCUGAUAUAUGGAGAUGUCGUCUCAAAUAUCAAUAUUACCAGAGCCCUAGAGGAACACAGGUUAAGACGGAAGCUAGAAAAAAAUGUGUCUGUGAUGACAAUGAUCUUCAAAGAGUCAUCCCCCAGCCACCCUACACGCUGCCACGAGGACAACGUGGUGGUAGCUGUGGAUAGUACCACGAACCGAAUUCUGCAUUUCCAGAAGACCCAAGGCCUCCGGCGAUUUUCAUUUCCCUUGAACCUGUUCCAGAGCAGCAGAGAUGGAGUGGAGAUUCGGUAUGACUUAUUGGACUGUCACAUCAGCAUCUGCUCUCCUCAGGUAGCUCAACUCUUCACUGACAAUUUUGACUACCAAACUCGAGAUGAUUUUGUGCGAGGCCUAUUAGUGAAUGAGGAGAUCCUAGGAAACCAGAUCCACUUGCAUGUGACAACUAGGGAGUAUGGUGCCCGGGUCUCCAACCUACACAUGUACUCAGCUGUCUGUGCUGACGUCAUCCGCCGAUGGGUCUACCCUCUCACUCCAGAAGUGAACUUCACCGACAGCACCACACAGAGCUACACUCAUUCCCGACACAACAUCUACCGAGGGCCUCAAGUCAGCCUGGGCCACGGCAGUGUUCUGGAGGAAAACGUGCUCCUGGGGGCUGGCACUGUCAUUGGCAGCAACUGCUCCAUCACCAACAGUGUCAUUGGCCCUGACUGCCACAUUGGUGAUAAUGUGGUCCUGGACCAGGCCUACCUGUGGCAGGGAGUCCGUGUGGCUGCUGGAUCACAGAUACACCAGUCUCUGCUCUGUGACAAAGCUGAGGUCAAGGAGCGGGUCACACUGAAGCCACACUGUGUCCUCACUUCUCAGGUGGUUGUGGGCCCAGAUAUCACCCUGCCUGAGGGCUCGGUGAUCUCUCUGCACCCUCCAGAUGCAGAGGAAGAUGAAGAUGAUGGCCAGUUCAGUGAUGAUUCUGGGGCUGACCAAGAAAAGGAGAAAGUGAGGCUGAAAGGUUACAAUCCAGCAGAAGUAGGCUUUGAAGGGCAGGGAUACCUCUGGAGAGCUGCAGAUGUGAACAUGAAGGAAGAGGAGGAACUACGGCAGAGUCUGUGGGGACUCACAAUCAAUGUGGAAGACGAAAGUGAAACUGAAAGUGAGCGAAGUGUGGAUUCUGAGGACCUGGACAGCCGAGCGGGGUCCCCUCAAUUGGAUGACAUCAAAGUAUUCCAGAAUGAGGUCCUGGGAACACUGCAGCGAGGCAAAGAAGAGAAUAUUUCCUGUGACAAUCUAGUCUUGGAGAUCAACUCUCUCAAGUAUGCCUACAACAUUAGCCUAAAGGAGGUGAUGCAGGUCCUCAGUCAUGUGGUCCUGGAGUUCCCCCUACAACAAAUGGAUUCCCUGCUUGACCCAAACCGCUACUGUGCCAUGCUGCUUCCUCUGCUCAAAGCCUGGAGCCCUGUUUUUAAGAACUACAUAAAGCGUGCAGCUGACCAUUUAGAAGCACUGGCAGCCAUUGAGGACUUCUUCUUGGAACACGAAGCUCUUGUUACUUCCAUGGCCAAGGUUCUGAUGGCCUUUUACCAGCUGGAGAUCUUGGCUGAGGAAACAAUCUUGAGCUGGUUCAAUCAAAGAGACAUAACUGACAAAGGCCAGCAGUUGCGUAAGAAUGGACAGCUGCAGAGGUUCAUCCAGUGGCUAAAAGAGGCAGAAGAGGAAUCAUCCGAGGAUGACUGACCUGACUGCCGGUUCCCAUGGUGUGUUAUUGGUAGUCCUCCUAACAGAUGAGGCAGAACAAGAAAGCUACCUGCAGAAGCAUGCAUGGCCGCUACAGACUGAGACUUAACAGAAGUUGCAACUACAGUAUUCUUCCUACUGCUGGCAACCGUGUGCUUCUCCUCCUGACUGACGUUGGGAUGCGGGAGGUUAGGAAAAGUUAGACAGCCCCUGCAGUUGGAGGUAGGCCAGAGGAAGCCCUUUGUUCUCCAGCUUCCCUCGGGGACAGUAAAGAGCAGCUGACCCUCUCUCUUGUUCGUAUUUGUUAAUAUUAAAAAGAGGGGUGUAUUGGGCAUCUCAACAACUCUGUCUGAUCA